AUGAUUGACGUAUAUCCAGAAGUAACGAAUGUUUGGUGGACGAAAGACGACGGACUAAUAGAUAUAAUUGAUAGUCGGUACAGCGGGUCUACUCCACAAGAACCAUCACUCAAAAUAUCAACGACUUCUACAGACGAUAUUGGAUAUUACAGAUGCUGUGCAAACAAUUCCAUAGGUGUCAACUGCAGUAACGGUACUAUACUUGGAUUUCUAUUUCACAAGCAAUCUGAGAAAAACAUUACAUUUGGGGAAAAAAUUACCAUCGACUGUGCCGUAGAGUCCUAUCCACCGAUUACUAAUUCAACAGAAAUAACUUGGUCAUUAAAUGGAAGCUGUGUUAAUACUAAAAACAUAAUAAAAUAUCAGCAGCCAACACCCAUUAGCCUGACCAUCAAUAAUGCCACGUUUGGUGACCAAGGGGAGUACAUAUGUGCUGUUGAAAAAGAUAUGAUUAACGGGACCAGUGGUGGAUUUUUGCUUAAUGUAAAUGGAGACUUUCCGAAUGUGAACAGUAACAUCAUUUACAACACAGUGCAACACUCAGCGUUUGUAAGUGUAAACGAGUCUACAGACUCUAUUUUGAUACUGACUUGUAGUUAUGAAUCCUUCCCAAAUGCAACAGGUCUAAUCUGGGAAAAGCAAAACGGUGAUAAUACACACCCAUUGUCAGGAAAAGCCACUGGUGGUACUUUGGAUAACCCAAACAUCACGUUCACUUCGGUAGAAAAAUCUGACGAAGGAAAUUAUACGUGCUAUGUCACAAAUGCAGUAGGGAAACGUGCUGGAAACUCAGUAUACAUACAAGUUAAUGAAUCAACAACGUGUCAAUGUCUCUGUUCAUUCAAACAAAAGCUUGAGUUUUGGAAGAAUAAAAAUUUUACGAAGGAAGAAAUGUUAGAAUAUAUGGCACCUUUCUUGAAGAAAACCCUGGAGGAAAUGAAGCUUGAACAGAACAAAUUGUCCAAAAACAUCCGCAAGCGUACAAGUGCUAAGGAUGACAGGAAAUCUUCUCAGCAGAUUGGAUUAGUGGGUAUAGUUUUCAUCGCCGCUACUUUCGGAGUGAUAAUUGUAUUCGAUAUCAUUGCCAUCAAACGAUAUUUGCUAAACAUUAGAGAAGCUUUUAAUAGAGUUUAA